AUGAGGCUGACCACAAACUCCACAAAGUACUGUGGUGUGUCCUGCCAGAGGGAGCAUUGGACAUCACAUAAGCUUGACUGCAAUUCUCCAUUGCUCAAGUCGACUUGGCGGCCGCAAUGGGAGGUCGAGGGCCGCAAGCCUGCAUUCAUGAGAUCAGACACUCCAGCGCGGUCCUUCAACCACCACAAGAAGUAUCUGUGGGGAAACAUGCCGGCGUUUGAUGUUUUGAAACUUGAAGUCAAUGAAGGCAAGGCUUACAAGGGCGACCUGGACCUUCUUUUCGCCGCUUCCGGAGAUCUGAGAAAUGUGCUGAGGACUAUUGCUGACCUUCCCAACGACUUUUGCGCACGAGUCUCUGUGGUUGUGAACGACCGCGAUUUUGAUAUAGUGGCUCGGAAUGUCAUCAUGCUGCUACUGUUGUUGAUGGAUGAUGACCCCCAGAGGGCAGCUGACCACAUUAUACACACUUGGUAUUCCGCUUUUAUCACCGAAGAGCUCAGUCGCACACUUCAGGGCCAGAUCUUGAAACUGGUGGAAGGCGUAUGUCACGAGACUACGCAGAAACAACCGAACGAUCUGUUUCCAAAGACCUUUUCCUUCAAGAGGGGAAGUGUCCGGCUCGCGCUGACCAAGAAAUCAUGGGACGCUCUACAGGGCAUCUUGAAGCCAAGCAAUCUGACCCUACAGAAGGCGCAGGAUGUUCGCCGGGCAGUCACCCUGGCUCCUAGCAGAGCCGACUACAGAGAACGGGCCUUCUUCCGACAGGAUCCAAGCAGCCGGUUCGCGUCGUUCAGGUUCCGCCGCGAUGGAAUCCUGCUACCAUUCGGCCUCCCCAGAAGCCCGUUCAAUGUACCUAAUCCCACCUUGUUCACGGGUCUCGGUGCUUGGCCCAUGAUGGAUUCUGCUGAGCCCCUUCACGGCUGGUCGCUUCAAGAAGUGAGUCAAGCAUUUGGCGCUGCUGCCAAUGAUAUACUCGGCAAACUGUACUACUCCUUGCUGGACUUGAUCGGAAGUGUACACUGCAGACUGGGUCAUGUGAAUAUUUCAUUCCACCUCUGGAAUCUCGAUGCUGCUGUUCUUCCACAGCAUCUCGGUACUAUGAGGUUCGAUCGAAUCGAAACGUCCAACAUUGCCGACACACCAUACCUUGGACCAGAAAGAUGCCUCUCUCUUCUAGGCACCCUCCUCAAGGAGCCACAGACCAACCCGCACGCUACGCUCAUCACGCUCUUCAUGAACGCAGUGCCCGAGACAAUGACUAAGAUGGAUGAGUAUGCCUCGCUGCCGGAAGAACUGAGCCAAGUAACGAAAUACCUCACACCCAGCUUCUCCAUCGCACCUUAUGACGCAGAUCGGCUGAGGAUCGAUUCCUGCCGCGAUCUGGUUCGCAACAACGAUAAAUACUUUGACAGGGGCUGA